GUGUGUGCGUGUGUGUGUGUGUGUGUGUGAGAGAGAGAGACUUAAAGGCAGUUUCUUCAGUGCGCAGUUCCUUCACAGAAGAGGGAGGUGCAUUGUACUGCAGAUAAAUAGUUCCUCUGCGUGCAUGCAGGAAGAGAGAGCACAGUGAGAGAGGAACUGAGAAGGAACGAAAGACAGGAAGGACCAUUUACUCCACCGUGUGCACUGACAGCAGCUUUGGAAGGUACAUCAAGAAUGGCAGGCAGCAGCUUUGAGAGGGAGUUCCUGCAGGCUCACAACACUUACCGCAAGCAGCAUGGUGCCACACCCCUCACUAUUAACCGUGAUUUGUGUCAUUCUGCCCAAGCAUGGGCAGAGCACCUGUUGUCAAUCAAAACUCUCAAGCACAGCAAAGCUGACUAUGGAGAAAACCUGUAUUAUACUUGGAGCUCAAUGCCCAAAACCCUUAAAGGGUGUGAGGCAGUGGACAGCUGGUACAGUGAAAUUAAAGACUACAACUUUAAGAAACCUGGAUUCACCUCUGGAACAGGCCACUUUACUCAGGUGGUAUGGAAGGACACCAAGGAGGUGGGCUUUGGGGUUGCCACAGAUGGUGCUGCAAUCUUUGUGGUGGGCCAGUACCUUCCAGCAGGCAACAUCACCAACCCUGGCUAUUUUGAGAAGAAUGUCUUACCAUCAAGUUCCCCUGUAGACAUAAAGUCAAUCACCUCUGGUCCAGCAGGUGGCAGUGGACAAGCACUUGGUGGACUCAGUAUUCAGUCUAACAAGAUUCCAUCGCAAUCUGGCCUUGCUGAAAAAGGAUCAUCAGGGAACAAGAACAGCAGCUUUGAGAGGGAGUUCCUGCAGAUUCACAACACUUACCGGAAGCAGCAUGGUGCCCCACCACUCACUAUAAAUCAUGAUUUGUGUCGCUCUGCCCAAGCAUGGGCAGAGAACCUGCUGUCAAUCAAAACUCUCAAGCACAGCAAAGCUGACUAUGGAGAAAACCUGUAUUACACUUGGAGCUCAGUGCCCAAAACCCUUACAGGGCGUGAGGCAGUGGACAGCUGGUACAGUGAAAUUAAAGACUACAACUUCAAGAAGCCUGGAUUCACCUCUGGAACAGGCCAUUUUACUCAGGUGGUAUGGAAGGACACUGAGGAGGUGGGGUUUGGGCUGGCCACAGAUGGUGCUGCAAUCUUUGUUGUGGGCCAAUACCUUCCAGCAGGCAACAUCACCAACCCUGGCUAUUUUGAGAAGAACGUCCUACCAGCAGGUUCCACUGUAGACCUUAAAUCAACAAACACGGGUCCAGUAGAUGGCAUUGGACAAGCAUUUGGUGGACUCAGCAUUCAGUCAAACAAGACUGAAAAAGGUGACGAGAGUAAGAAUUUGGUUCAGUUCCCAAGCCAACUGUUGGCGGCAAUGAACCAUUACCGUCAGCGCCAUGGGGUGCACCCUCUCUCACAGUGCCCUGUCCUCUCUAAAGAGGCAAAGGAAUGGGCAGCUCACCUGGUGAGCAUUAAAACCCUGAAGAACAGCAAGAAAGGCCAUGGAGAGACCAUGUCAUACAAAUGGACGUCUACUUUGACAGCACCUACCGGUGAAGAGGUUGCUGAGGGGUGGUACAAGGAAAGCUCAAAGUACAACUUUUCCACACCUACCUUUCAAAGUGGAACUGGAAACUUCACUCAGAUGGUAUGGAAGUCUUCAGAGCGUGCUGGAGUUGGGAUAGCAACAGAUGAGAAGGGCUUGUUCAUCACCGUGGUCUUUUAUGAGCCAGCUGGCAAUAUCACCAACCCUGGCUACUUUCAGGACAAUGUGACACCUGCUGGAAAAUGAGUGCACACUAACACGACCUAGCUCUCCAAGUAAAACCUGGUUGGCAGCACAAAGUUGGGCAGGGUUGAACAUUAAAGUCUAGCUGUGUUUUUCAAAGAUUCCAAAAGGAUGCAUUUUCAUUUAGAAAGAAGGUGGUGGGAUCCUUCAUUUUAUAUUUGUCAAAAUACCUACAAUUCUCACUGGAUUGAAUAUGAUGUUUGCCAAUAUUCUGUGAAGCUUGUCCAAUCUUGCAAUAGUUCCUACAAAAGCAUGCAUUUGAGAGCAAAGCAUGGUUAGAUCAACUACACACAAUAAAAAUUUGUCAUAAUGGAGCUGGGAGGGAUACAGACAUAACAAAAAUAUUUUACUGUACUUUUGCCUUAUUUGUUGUUUCCUGUUGAGCCAAAUACGCUACAUAUCAAAAGGUAAAGGGCUUAAUCAAGUAUUAAUGAGGGAUGUUUUGCAGAGGGAUGUAUAAAUCUAAGGUGUCAUGUAUUUAUCUUAAAUUAAAAUGGAAGAAAUUACAGUUGAUGAUUAAAGAAAUGAUCUAAGAUCUGUUAUAUUUUA